UUUCCACUGCACGCCAAUUACCGAAUUUGUUUCAAAAAUGUCAAUUAUCUUUCUUUCUGCAGAUAAGUUUACCUUUUUCAAAUAACUUAAAACGAAUUGAAUUACCCGCGUUUUCUAAACCGGAAACUCGAAUGACAUUGAUAUAGACACUUCAUGCCGAUCGAUCCAAACUCCACAAAGCCAAACCGCAAAUUAACCAAAAAAUCCAAACAAACCCAUAGACGAACAGUCGCGAUUUCAAGUGUUGGAUUUUGAGAAAGUUCAAUGGGUUCUCCAGGCGGGCGUGGUCGUGGUAAACGAGGAGGUUCUGGACGAGGUGGAAUAAUCAAAAGAGGUGCAAGCAGGGGAUCUUUUAACGGUGGAGCCCCAUACGGCCGUCCCAUGCGGGGCGGGCCUAUGGGGAUGAGAGGAGGUAUGCGACCCCCUAUGCUUCCACCGCCGAUGCGGGGCGGAAGAGGGAUGCCAGGCCCCCCAAGGGGCAUGAUGGCGCCGGGACCUAGGGGUUUGCCUCCGCCAUGUUUAAGGCCGCCACCAAUGGCAGGAAUGCGAUCGCCACCACCUGGAAUGCGUCCACCGCCACCCCCAAUGAUGAUGAUGCGCCCUCCAGUACCUCCACUUUUGAGAGGCGGUUUUGGACCAAUCAGAGGCAUGAAACCCGGCCGUUUCCAAAGAGGUGGCAACUUUGGAGGAGUGAGAGGUGGAAACGUUAUGAAGAAAAACCGACCCAGUUUGAAAAUGAUCGAUCUGAACAAACCGUGGGUAACGGCUGCAAUAAAGUCAGCGUUUCAUAUGAAAGAUAAAUUGUUGGCGGCUGCGAAACAAACUCAGAACCAAGACGAUUGGGCCAAAUACAGGGAUCAAAGGGAAAAAUGUACGAAAAUGUACCAGGAAGCUGAGGUGGAGAAUGGGGGGCAGGUGGAGGGCUCUCCUGUAGACUGGGAAGCCUAUGUGGAUGAAGAUGAUGAAGAGGCAUUGCACGAAUGUGAAUAUUAUGAGCUAGAUGAGGAGGGGUCAUACGCGUGCGAUACAUGCGAAAGAGACUUCUAUAGUAAAUAUCAAUUUGAUAAACACAUGUCUGAACAUAGAACUUGUAACUUAGAGGGUUGCACAUUUACGGCUCAUGAAAAAAUUAUUGAAAAACAUAUUAGAAUGCAGCAUUCAACAGGGAUUUUUGAGAAAAUCAAAAAGUUGAAUAAUCCAGAGGAUAUUGCAAAGUGGAUAGAAGAGCGAAAAAAGAAUUAUCCUAGUAAAGAAAACGUGGAGAAGCGAUACGAACGACAGGAGGAGCUGAUGAAAAAGGGCAUUCGAAUUCAGAAAAACGAUAAUAAAUUCGGACGAGACAAAUACAGAUUGGCGGCUGCACCAAAACGUCAGGGUCCUCCGUUAAAAAAACGUGGCGAUCAAACUAUCAGAAAAAAACGGAGACGUGAUCCUCCACGGCCUCCCAAAAUAUCCCUUAUUGAUCAAAAUGCUGACUGGAAUGGUACUAUGUUUCCUUUUAGAGGUACAUCGGAACUUAUUGAAUCCGAAGUGGUUGAAGAGAGAAUAAGUGAUUUUGAAGAUGAUGAGUGGCAGAAAGAUGCCAAAGCUAUACCUGCGAAAGUGAAUAAUUCGUUGGGUUCUUUGAUGGCAGCUUAUGGGUCGGAUAGUGAGGAUGAUGUAGUGGAGCUAAAAAGCCAGCACACUUCUGCGGUGAAUAGUGUGAAAGGUCUGGAUGCUGUGACACAAGAUAAAAGUCACUGUGUUAGCAACGUGGAUAGUGAUAAUGAACCCCCGGAGGAAGUAAAAAUUGUUAAAACUGAAGAUCAUCUGGCAGAGCAUCUGAGUCAUUCAAAACCCACUGGUUUGAAAACCGAUCAUGUUAAUGAAAAUAGACGUCCCAGGAAAAGAUUACAUGCACGAUCCAGGACAUUUAAAAGUAGAUCGUAUGCUAAUCCUUCUGAGCCAUCAACUUCCACAGGAAUUACCAGACAAAGUUCGGAUAACUUUCCACACAAUAACUUCAGUCGGCGGAAGGUGACUUUGUUGGAAAAACUUCUGGAAAAGGAAAUUCGACUUGAACGCAAUGUUAUAUUGCAGUGCGUUCACUAUGUAGUGCAAAACAAUUUUUUUAAGGAUUCGCGCUAGAAAAUUUAAGUCGCUAAGGAAAAAUACGAAUAAUCUUCUGUGAUAAGGUAACGUCAGUUAAUUGGUUGCAGUUUAUGUUUAACUGUUUUGUAAUAAAACCCUGUUUUGACUAUA